GAUUGUCAAAAAUAAUCAUCAAGAGAAUUCAUUUAUUCAAAUUAAAUCUUCAUCUUCAUGAUUUACUUUUGAUUCAGUUAAUCCAUCUAAUCGUUGAAUCCUUACAGCCAAUUGAUUGAUUAGUCGAAAGACUUGAAAUUUUUUAUUAAAUUGUUAAUUUAGUGAUUUGAUUUUAAUUGUUGCUUAGAAAUGGAGGCGAUCAAGAAAAAAAUGGCCUUUCUCAAGAUCGAGAAGGACAAUGCUAUGGAUCGAGCCGAUUCCGCCGAGGCUUCACUACGAGAAGCUGAUUCUAAAGUGCAAAAGGCUCAAGAGGAGAUUCAAGCUCUCGAGAAAAGAUUAACCCAAAUCCAAGAGGAAUUACUUUCGGCCACCGAUCAUUUGGCUAAAGCAAAUGAGGAUCUCGAAAAUAAGGAAAAGGCUCUUCAUGGAGCUGAGAACGAAUUGGCAACUUUAGCUCGUCGAGUUCAACAGUUGGAAGAAGAAUUGGAAAAAACUGAAGAGAAGACUCGAAAUGUCCAAGUUAAAUUAGAACAAGUUUCUCAGGCUGGAGAUGAGAGUGAACGACUUCGAAAAAUGUUCGAACAUCGAAAUCAAAUGGACGCUGAACGAUUGAAACAAUUAGAGGCACAAUUAAAGGAAGCGAGAAAUGCAGUUGAAGAAGCGGACAAGAAAUACGAUGAGUUAGCCCGAAAAGUGGCCGAGGUUGAAGAUGAACUUGAACGAGCUGAGGAAAGAGCUCAAACCGGUGAAAUGAAAAUACUUGAACUGGAGGAAGAAUUGAAAGUCGUUGGUAACAAUGUUAAAUCAUUGGAAGUUUCUGAAGAAAAGUCACUUGCCAAACAAGAAGAGUAUGAAGCUCAAAUCAUGGAUUUAACUAUGAAACUUCAAGAGGCUGAAUCAAGAGCUGAAUUUGCUGAGCGAUGUGUCCAGAAGUUAUUAAAGGAAGUCGAUAGACUCGAAGAUGAACUAUCUCACGAGAAGGAGAAAUACAAAUCAUUGACUGACGAAAUGGAUCAAACAUUUGCUGAAUUAACUGGUUAUUAAGAUGAACAAUUAACUAAUCAUCAAUAUUUUGCUUCUUUCGUUUCCUUGUUUUGUUUGUUGUUGUUUUUUUGCCGUUUUAAUUUUAAUCAAGUCCUAAUAUUAUCCUUACAAUUUAAAUUGUUAGUUAUCCUCCUUAUUUCAAUGAAGUUAACCACUAAAUUGAAUGAGCAUUGAUUAUAUGCUGGAAUUAAGCCAAGAAAACGUUGAUUUAGAAUCAAGAUUAAUCAGAAUUGAUCAACUGAUAAACUGAUCAAUUGAUUUGUAUUUUGAAAUCAAGAAAAAAUCCAUUAGAUUGUUAGAUAAUCGCUCGCAAUCAAAUGUAAAUAACAUCAACAAUAAAAAUCCAUCCAAAUAAAAGUCAUUAAUAU